AUGCCGGCAAAGAUUGAGUCGUACAUGGAGCUUGGAAGCGUUAUUGUCGAUCCUGAGUACCACACACGGUACGUUCUCAAGAAGCUCCUUGGACGAGGGGCAUAUGCACAGUGCUAUCUGGUUGCGAUAGAAAGCGGAGAGCAGUAUGCAAUGAAAAUCGUCCGACUGAAAGAUAUAACAAGCAAGAAGGUGCAUGAAAAGCUCGACUCCGAAAUAGCAAUACAUUCGAGGCUCGACAAUCCAAACAUUGUGAAGAUGUAUCGAUCGUUCAGAAGCGAGGAGUAUGUGUUUAUGGUUCUUGAGCUGUGUGAAAGGGGGGCGCUGGAUGCAUUGCUCAAAAGAAAUGGCAGGCUUAAAGAGAGAUAUGUUGCUAAGUUCAUAAAGCAGACUGUCGAUGGUCUUAUGUACUUACACAAUGCCAUGAGUGUUGUGCACAGGGACCUGAAGCUUGGAAACCUGUUUCUUGAUGCAAAGCUGAAUGUGAAGAUUGGAGACUUUGGAUUGAGUGCAGUAAUAAAGGAUGGAGAGAAGAAGGUUACAAUGUGCGGUACUCCAAACUACAUAGCUCCGGAGAUUCUAUUUGGCAAGGCAAGCGGGCAUUCGUUUGAGGCUGAUGUGUGGUCUCUGGGCGUGAUUAUAUAUACUCUACUUGUGGGUGUUCCACCGUUUCAAAAGAAGAAUGUUGAAGAUAUAUACAAAAUGAUUAAGCAAAAUAAUUAUAUCUUUCCUAAGGAUUGCGAUCUUUCAAGCGAGGCAAUCGACUUGAUUACGCAGAUUCUGAAUACUAACCCCCUUGAGAGGCCUGCGCUUGAGCACAUCCUCAGUCAUCGAUUUUUGUCACGAAAGGAGCACUUUCUGAUGAGGAUAUACAAAAGCCUGGUAUCCAACAGAACGCAAGAGAGGGGUGUUAAUGGAGACUAUGUGAUAUUCAGCAUUCCUGUGACUAAGCUGAGGGGAAUUGGUUAUGUACUGAGAUCAGGUGUGUAUGGAAUAUAUUUUGGAGAUCAUAGGAAUUUGAUGCUAAAACCAAACAAGCGAAGCGUUAUCUACUUGAACUCCACAAUUGAGAAUGGACGAAGAGUGUUCUAUAAAGAGGAGCAUCUAAUUGAGAAGAUACCUGAGGAGGUUGCUGAGUCAUACAAGGCAUUGCAAUACUUUAUCAGGACGUUUGAUAGUGGAUUUGUGUUUAUGAAUAUUGAGCCAUGCUUUAUUGUGAAGAUAAAGAAGUUUGAGUCUGGGUUUCUGUUUGUGAUGGCUGAUAGUACGAUUGUGUUUGAUUUUAUCAAUGGAUGGAAGGUUGUUAUAUCGAAGUGUGGAGAAAAUGCAUUGUGCUACAAUGGCAUGGGAGCAGUUCCGUUUAAUCAAGAAAUACGAAUGAAGUGUAUUGAGGUGUUGAAGGGGUGCUUUGGAGGUGCUUGA